AUGGCAGAACCUGAAGACAAAGACGAACUUCUUUUCACAGAAGACGAAGAGCCUUCAAUCAAUCUAAACAAAGAAUUCCUGUCGACUAUCUCGUUACUGAAUACAAACAUGCUUGCUGUAAACGAGUCGCUUAAGCAAUUUAGUACCCAAAUGCACACGGCAGAACCUGCCAGAAAAAGGCCACUUUUGUCAGACAAAGAAGGCCUGAACGACCAGCAGAAUGGUCAUCAAUCAGAUGCCGAUCAACUGCUGAACCAGCAGGCGAAUAAACGGCAAAAAGUCGUUAACAACGACGGCGAAAUGGGCGCCACACCAGUAGUCGUUAACAACGACAACAAUAGCAAUGGCGGGGACGUCACAGAGUCACCCGAUCAACGCGAUGACCCUUUGCUGGAAGAAAUCGCACAAGCUAUGAAUGACACGGAAAAAUCCGCCCCCAAAAUUGCUGAACAAUUAGCAAAAAUCAUCAACUCUCGCUGGCUAAACAAGCUGAGUGAUGAAAGCCUUCGUGAGAAACUUGAUACCCAUUUGCGUCCGGUUAACUGUGACCGACUCAUUACUCCGAAGGUCAACCCAGAAAUCUGGGGGCGUCUCGACAAAGAAACAAGAAGCAAAGAUCUAAAGCUGUCAUACUUGCAAACUAACCUAGCAGCGGUUGGUAAUAUUGUCUCGCAAGCAACAGAUAUGUUGUUGACAGCUCGUGCGGAAAACAGCGAAGUCGACAUCGAAAACCUUAUUCGCAAGAAUAUGGACGCCAUUGCUAUUAUGGGCCACAUUAGUUAUGAUUUGGCUCAACGAAGACGUGAUGUUAUUCGUCCAACACUCAAUAAGGAGUAUGCUACACUGUGUGCUUCCCAUGUGCCUGUUACCACUUUGCUUUUCGGGGACGAAUUGCAAACACAACUGAACCACAUACGGGCAUCGAAUAAAAUAAAAAAUACAGCAAGUGGUUCCCAAUAUUAUCCACCAAGGCGCAAUUUCUCGCCUCAACAGGCACCAGCCAGAUCUGGUCAACAAAAGCCUUUUUUAUGGAAACAGCCGCCUCAGGGCGGCAAACCCCAGUACAGGAGAAAGUACAAACAAUAUCGGUCCAAUCAACCGGGGAAUCAGAAAAAUCAAUGA